GGAAGCCCCCAGACCCCCGGCAUGGCCGAGCCCAGCUCCGAGUGCAGCAUCAAGGUCCUGUGCCGCUUCCGGCCGCUCAACCAGGCCGAGAUCCUGCGGGGGGACAAAUUCCUGCCCGUGUUCCAGGGGGACGACAGCGUCGUGCUGGGGGGCAAGCCGUACGUGUUCGAUCGCGUGUUCCCCCCGAACACCACGCAGGAGCAGGUGUACCACGCGUGUGCCAUGCAGAUCGUCAAGGAUGUGCUGGCCGGGUACAACGGCACCAUCUUCGCCUACGGACAGACAUCAUCGGGCAAGACCCACACCAUGGAGGGGAAGCUGCACGACCCGCAGCAGAUGGGGAUCAUCCCCCGCAUCGCCCGCGACAUCUUCAACCACAUCUACGCCAUGGACGAGAACCUGGAGUUCCACAUCAAGGUGUCCUACUUUGAGAUUUACCUGGACAAGAUCCGGGACCUGCUGGACAUGACCAAGACCAACCUGUCGGUGCACGAGGACAAGAACCGGGUCCCCUAUGUCAAGGGCUGCACCGAGCGCUUCGUGUCCAGCCCCGAGGAGAUCCUGGAUGUGAUCGAUGAGGGGAAAUCCAACCGGCACGUGGCUGUCACCAACAUGAACGAGCACAGCUCCCGCAGCCACAGCAUCUUCCUCAUCCACAUCAAGCAGGAGAACGUGGAGACCGAGCAGAAACUGAGUGGGAAACUCUACCUGGUGGAUCUGGCGGGCAGCGAGAAGGUGAGCAAGACGGGGGCUGAGGGGGCCGUGCUGGACGAGGCCAAAAACAUCAACAAGUCCCUGUCUGCGCUGGGCAACGUCAUCUCGGCGCUGGCCGAGGGCACGAAGGCCUACGUGCCCUAUCGCGACAGCAAGAUGACGCGGAUCCUGCAGGACUCGCUGGGCGGGAACUGCCGCACCACCAUGUUCAUCUGCUGCUCCCCGUCCAGCUACAACGACCAGGAGACCAAAUCCACGCUCAUGUUCGGCCAGAGGGCCAAGACCAUCAAGAACACGGCCUCGGUGAACCUGGAGCUCACGGCCGAGCAGUGGAAGAAGAAAUUCGAGAAGGAGAAGGAGAAGAACAAAGCGCUGAGGGAGAGCCUGGCCCGGCUGGAGGCGGAGCUGAACCGCUGGAGGAGUGGCGAGGCCGUGCCCGAGACGGAGCAGCUGAGCGAGGCCGAGGCGGGGACGGGGCCGGGCGAGGGCCAAGGGGGGGUCCCCGAGGAGCCCCCCCUGAACGACAACAGCUCCUCCAUCGUCAUCCACAUCUCAGACGAGGAGCGCCACAAGUACGAGGAGGAGAUCCGCAAGCUCUACAAGCAGCUGGAUGACAAGGAUGAUGAGAUCAACCAGCAGAGCCAGAUCAUGGAGAAGCUCAAGCAGCAGAUGCUGGACCAGGAGGAGGUGCUGGCGGCGGCGCGGGGCGGGGGCGAGGCGGCGCGCCGGGAGCUGGCGGCGCUGCGGGCCGAGCACGGCGCGGCGCGGGCCGAGGUCACCGAGGUGCUGGCGGCCCUCGAGGAGCUGGCCCGGAGCUACGACCGCAAAGCCCAGGAGGCCGAGGACACCGGGCGCCACAACCGCCGGCUCGCCGACGAGCUGGCCCGCACCGAGGUGGGGGGACACCGGGACAGCCGAGGGGCCAGGGACACCGGGACAGCCACCGGGACAGCCCGCGGGGCUGGGGACACCGGGACAGCCACCGGGACAGCCCGCGGGGCUGGGGACACCGGGACAGCCAACGGGGCAUCCACCGGGACAGCCACCGGGACUGCCCGCGGGGCUGGGGACACCGGGACAGCCAACGGGACUGCCCACGGGGCUGGGGACACCGGGACAGCCAACGGGGCAUCCACCGGGACAGCCACUGGGGCCGGGGACACAGGGACAGGCGGGACAGCCCACGGGGACCGGGACACUGGGGCAUCCACCAGGAAAGCCACUGGGACAGCCACAGGGACAGCUGGGGGGCCGGGGACACCGGGACAGGCGGGACAGGCCGUGGGGCAGCGUUACGCCGGGAACCAGUGCGGGGGUGCCCGGGAGGUGCCGCAGGAUGUCCUGGGUGUGCCCUGGCGGCCCGGGGGCCCGGGGGGUCCCCGGGGUUCCCCGGGGGUGGCGGGUGCCGCCGUCGCCGGUGCCAGCGCAGCCCUGUCGCUGUCACUGUCGCAGGCCACCACGCUGUCGCUGGAGUCGGAGCUGUCGCGGGCGCGGGAGCUCGGGGGGCAGCAGCGGCGCCGCGCGGCCGAGGUGCUCAACGGGCUCCUGCGGGACCUGAGCGAGCUCAGCGCCCUCGUGGGCAGCGGCGACAUCAAACUGGUGUCAAUGCCCCACUGGCACCUGGCCAGCCCCGCCCCUGUCUCCUUCGUCACCAUCUUCAUCAUCACCUUCGUCAUCACCUUCAUCAUCACCUUCGUCACUGUCACCUUCAUCAUCACCUUCGUCACUGUCACCUUCAUCAUCACCUUUGUCAUUGUCACUUUCAUCAUCGUCGCCUUCAUCUUCAUCGCUGUCACCUUCACGGUCACCUUCAUGAUUGUCAUCGUUGUCACCGUCAUCAUCGGCGCCCCCUGUCGGUUUCCCACGCCCCCUCCCGCGCCGCCCGCGGCCCCUGGCGCCCCCUAG